GGUCAGCCAGCCAGCCAAGCGGCAGAUCUGGGGUUUGGACCCCAGCCAGUCUCAGCAGAGUUGAUGUGGACACAGAACCUUCAAGGCCAUCUUCAGUCACAUUCACCCUGGCACCUGCUUGAUCCAGUGACCCAAAGGCCACCCACCUCAGAGCCCAGGGCACAUGAUCUCUGCCUGCUCCCUCCAAGCCUCAUGGUAACAGCCUCCCCCCAGUGUCUCCUCCUUGGGGGGACGCAACUCCCACCUAGCACCUGACCUCUGUCACCUCCUCUUGGUGAUUGAUCCGCUGGCAUAUGGCCAGCCCCUGCAUUGUCCUCUUGGGGCUCAGAGCCUGCCCGGGAUAGAGCCCAGACCCAGUCAUUGAUUGACCUUUGAUUGAUGCAGGCAGUGGUUCAAGCCGCAGCCCAGCCAGGCCUGGGAGCUGCCAGAAACCAAGAAAUACAGAGUCCAAGUCUCUGUCCAAGUUCGGACACGUUGUCUGCGCUUCCUCUGACACUGAGCCACCCCCCAGCUGCAGGAGAGAUCCGUACGCGUGAGCGGUACGACGCCGGCCGGGACGGCUUCAUUGACCUGAUGGAGCUGAAGCUGAUGAUGGAGAAGCUCGGGGCUCCGCAGACCCACCUGGGCCUGAAAAACAUGAUCAAGGAGGUGGAUGAGGACUUUGACAGCAAGCUCAGCUUCCGGGAGUUCCUCCUGAUUUUCCGCAAGGCAGCGGCUGGGGAGUUACAGGAGGACAGCGGGCUGCACGUGCUCGCCCGCCUCUCCGAGAUCGAUGUCUCCACCGAGGGCGUCAAGGGGGCCAAGAGCUUCUUUGAGGCCAAGGUCCAGGCCAUCAACGUGUCCAGCCGCUUCGAGGAGGAGAUCAAGGCAGAGCAGGAGGAAAGGAAGAAGCAGGCGGAGGAGAUGAAGCAGCGGAAGGCGGCCUUCAAGGAGCUGCAGUCCACCUUCAAGUAGCCAAGGGGCUGCGGCCUGACCGCUCGGCCCCGGCCCCCGGCCCCCCGCCCCCGGCGCCCGGCCCAGCCCGCAGAGGCGGGCAGACCGGAGGCCAGGCCUGCAUCCCGGGCUCCAUCUGAAGGGACCAUACUUCAAACCUAAAACGUCUGUGAACGGAGCCAGCGGAGGGGUGUCCAAGGCGGCCCUGCCUCCCCCGCUCCCCGCCGCCCGCCCCCGCUGUUCCCGAGGCCGCGACACCAGUGCUGGCUCCUCGCCUGGCCCAGCCCUCCCUGGCGAUUCCUGCGCGUCUGUCGCCCCUCCCCCCCCCCCCCCCUCGGCCGUCCCUCUGCCUGCUCCAGCAUUGCAGCGGCCCGAGCCCAGCUCCUGGCCCUAGGGUCCUGCCUGCCCCAGGUGCCUGCCCUCCACACACUCUCCUCCUCCCUUCCCAGAGGCCUCCUGCCCUUAGCCUACAGGCCACACUGCCCCCCGGGGGCCCUGCACCUCGGGGAGGCGCUCUGGAGCAGAGCACGACCCAAGGGGCUGAUCAGAGACACGAGGGCUUCCCGCCCCCCGAGAGCCGACAGCCGUUCCUCCAGCCCCUGCCUCCUCUCUCUGCCAGAGGGGAGGGCGCUUCUCUUUCGGCGAAGGGACCCAGGCCCUGGCACCCCGUGCUCACACGGAGACCCCGGCCCUCUGGGGCCCCGCCAGGCAGGGUGAGGGGGCAGCUGUGCCCAUCUACCUCACGGGCCCCCACUCCGCCGGCCACACCGUGGAUCGCGGGCAGGGAAGGCUCUGGGGGCAGAAACGCCACCCCCUGGUCUCCCUGGAACAGCCCGAGGGGCCCAGGGGCUCUGGAGAGAGCAGGGUGAGGAGGAGGGAUUGGCCCCUUCACUGGGAAGGAAACUAGUGUUGCGCUCCGUGCUCCGGGAGGCGUCCGGGAAGUGCUUUGAGUGGUUUGCACGGACCAGGCGGCGGGGAGCAGGGGCCUGGCUCGGCCCUUUCACACCAUCCUUCCCCAUGCGAUGUGCACCGCCCUGUCACCAGCGAUGGGACCCGUCCUGUCACCCCCACCCCCUGAGGAAGCAUGGGGACCCCGGCCCUCCCUGUGCCCAUCCCCAGAUGGGCUGCGGCCAAGCCUGUGCCACCAGCCCGGUCCUGCGCAGCUCCCGGUGUGCUCACUUCCGUGUGUGCGUGUGAGUGUGUGUGUCCGUUGCCGUGUCGUGAAACUGUGCCCGUCACCAGUCCAAACACGUGAAUGGCCACCGAGGCCACGGUUAUGCAACUUUCGGUGUGUGUCAUGACAACGUCACUGCUUUUUAAACAUGACAACUCUUUAUUUUAGUAAAAUGCCCCCCAAGAGUCCACAAAACUGUUGGAUUUGCAGAGGUUUUAUUUUUUUGGCCUUAGAAUCUGCAGAAAUUAGGAGGUGCUGACCCCAGUGCGGCAGCCUUGGUCCUGAAUUGCGUUUGCCUUAGCGGAUGUGUUUAUACAGAUGACUAUAAAAAGUUCUUUUCCUUCGGCUUCUCGCUUUUGUUUUUUCCCUCCCUUCUCACCUUCCCCCAAAGAAAGCUACUUUUUCAUUUGGUGGUACAAUUAUUUUUUUUAACUAAAAUAAGAUAAAAUUCUA